AUGGCAGGGGAGGGGCAGGUGACAGUGGAUAUGGUGGUUGUGGUGGUGGUGGUGGGGGUGCAGUUCAUGGCGGUCAAAUGCAGCGCAGUAAUGUCGCCACCGGCAGCUGUCGUGGUCGUCUUCACUUGCCCAGUCGUCACCGUAGACGUGUGCCCCAUGGACCCGAAAAAUAGCUGCCUGACCGCCAUGGAGGAUUCUGUCCCGAUAGAUUGCACUCUGUCGGCGGCAGCAUCCGCCUUACUACCCGCCUCCGGCGAUACCGCGUCCACAGCCGGCGCAUCUUGCGCCCCCUCAGGCUACCGCCCCAUCUCUGCCGUUGAACUGUAUGUGAUUCUGAAUCGCAUAGCAAAACCAAAAACAAUCGAAGAAAAAGAGGCCGCGGAAAAGGCGUACGAACAUUUCAUGCGCCACGACUUAGCCGCCGCCCUGGGACAACAGCCGCUGAUAGAGUCUUUCUUUCCGCUGAGUGUACUGCCGCGCUCGGCCAUAGAAGAGUCCCGAAAGCGUGGCAAGGCUGCCAAAAAAGUGCAGUCAGGAGUCAGUUUUGCGUCCGUUGCCGGGGGACGGGCUGCUGAACAGCAGGCCCCGCCCCGCAGUGAACGCCGCCUACCCACCCGAAACCUGAAACCACCUACCAACCCACAGCCGGAAACCAGUGCUGCUGGUCUACCCCACUGCCCCACGCCGACCCGCGUCGAAAAUGGACAGGCUGCCCCUGCUGCGCAGACUCCCGUCGCAAAACAGUGCCAGCCAAUGUUCAUCCUUAUGAAUAAACUCGCCCAUGGGGGCCCCUACCCUGGUCGAGAGGCCGACGAGGCGGCUAUAUUCGCCCUCUGUAAAAUACAGACGGCAGCCGCUCUACCGCACACGAGGCAGCAGGUGUUGGGUGUGCCACCGAGAGCCCCGCCGGUUACAUCGCAUUUGCUUGCGGUCCCGGCGGCGGCGGCCUCGGCGGGAGUUGCGCCGCUGGUCUCGACCACUCAAGAGGUCGAUGUGCCCCCGGUUGCCCCCCUGGCCCCCGAAACACAAGAAGAGCCCGUGGCUGCGCUAGCCGUGGCCACCGAGAUGGAGGACGUCGAUCUGCCCGACGCAAAUCUGGCUGAGGCAACUGCCGAGUCAGAGCGUCGUGACACUGACCCUGACGCUGCCCGCGCGCCCAGAAAGCGCCGGGCUAUGACAAAUGACGAUUCUGACACUCCCUCACAGACAUCUGACGCAGCGAGGCCGCGGAAGAAGGCCCCUAGGGCCUCCCGCACCUCCACCACAGAGUCUGGGACGACUAUCGCGGGCUCCUCCCGGAGCAUCGCCAAGCAGAAACCGACGAAGACAACGCGGCGGUCCACCCGUCCACCUGCCGCCUCCCGGCAGCCGGACGAGGACGGUUUUGUUGCCCCACCCCGGCGGCACACUGCCAGGGCUGCUGCGCUGCAGCAACCGACCCCGCUGCCGACCGCCAACGCGUUUGCGAGCGCCAGCGUAGAUGCAUUGGACGAUGGCGCCGCGCCCCCGGCGCCUGCCCAAAAGAAGCCCUUUGCUGCCGCCACCAAGGGCGGCCCGUCAGCCUCCACCGCCCGACCUUCGGCGCAGGCGGAGGGCGAGACGCAGCAACCGACCGCGCCGUCCACGGCUUCGCCCGUGGGGGUGGCAACCCCUGCGCCCUCGCAGAGCGCGCGAGUUGCCGCCCCGCGCAGGCGUCGUCGGCGCGCGGGCCGGGCCACACCUGCCGUUGCGCAACGGACUGCCGCCAACACUCUGCCGCAGCAGAGGACGGCACCUCGUGCUGUGCCGCAACCGAGAUCGACUGCUGAUGCUCCACAGCAGCCGUCUACUUCGGAUCGGCCGCAACAGGCCGCCCCAGUGGUGGAGGCCGCCCCAGAGGCCCCCACCGCCCCCUUGGCCGCCGACGCAGCCGAGCUCCGAUCGCUCUUGCGGUCGUUGAAGAAAGAAAACUCCCCUGGCUGCUACGAGGUCAACAGGACGGACCUAACGGGCAGCCAGGGCGGGAUGAGCCCUAGCUCGCGAUUGCUGUUGCUCAACGCAAUCGCGGGUCUCACCGGUAGGGACAGACGUAAAUACGAGAAGAAGCUCGAAAGAGCGUGGAAAGAACCACCGAUAUUGCCCAAGGGUGACAGAACACCACCAAGUGCCCGCCUAAUCAAGGCGAAGUCAAAGAAGUCACCGAAACGCAACAAAGUCAAACCAGGGUCACCGGUAAAGAAGCGAAAGACCACCUCGCGUAAAACCGUCGCUGCGCGGCGGCCGGAAGUGGCGGACGCGGCCGGGUCGGCCGCGCCUGAGCCGACCGCGCCUGCCAACACAAAGGCCGACCGGGCCACGUGCAGCGGCGGCCAGCAGGGCCAGGUAGCAGCGGAACAAAGCGCCUGCGCUGUGACGGCUAGCGCGCCCCCCGAGGCGGCCGGGCGGCUGCGCCCCGAGGUGAAUGCGCAAAAGCACGAAGCCGCGGAGGCGAGUGCGCGCGGGCGGCGGAAGGAAACCGAUACCGCCGGCGCGGGCUCGCCACCGCGGGGGAAUGCCGGAGCGGAGGAACCUCGGAGCGUUGCUGAGGUGUGCGCUGAGGGGAGCGAGCGAUGCGGAAGCAGCGCAGAGAUCGCCACGCAGGAAAUUGACGACGAGGGAUUCCAGCUGGCACGGGAGCGCACCCAGCCAGCUACUUAG